AUGCACACUACCCCGGCCAAAGAGGAUAAGGACGUCAAUGGCCAUAACCACAUGAUGCACUGCUUCCUUGUGUACUCGGUAGCCGUCGGCCGCUUUGCCCACAUGAGCGUGAAGGAAGACUUGAAUGAGGCCCUUCAUGCGUAUGCUAUUCGCCUACUACGGCUGCCCCUCACCUACAAAUUUGACUCCAUCCUCGCUUACCACCUCGCCUUUGUCACUGCACGCAUUCAGGGUGGCCAAGACGAUCCCAAGGCCUGGGAAGCGGACGAUCAGAGCUGCAGGGACCUUCUCGUGCCCAGAGGGACUUAUGCGGGCAAUAGCAAGCCAAAUGCCGGUGCGCCUGGCCCCAAUAAGCCCGUUGCAGCCGGAGGACCUGCAAUUUGCAGGAGUUUCAACAGAGGUAGCUGUUUUCGCGAGCGCUGCCCCUACUCACAUGUCUGUUCGAUCUGUCAGCAAAAUCACUCGUCAGAUAAGUGCCCCAAAGCCCAUAACUCAGCGGUGAGUACCUCCAAUCAAUUGCCACUGGGUAAUCGUGUUACCAGGCCAGAAUGA